UUUAUGAAAUAACUUUGGUCCUUCAAAAUCUGUGUGCACAUCUAAUUGCCUUGGAACAAUCAAUUGAGAGUUUGUAUAUGGACUUUUAAACUACUCCUGAGAGCUCCAUGUGCGGAACGCUAUGCAUGUGCGCAAUGGAUCAUAAGGCUAGGACGGUAUUUCGAUAUUACUGAAUAGAUCCAUUAUGAUCCAUGAAUAUUGCAAUACUAGCGAACUUGGUAUGAAAUUUCAAUACCACGGUGUUCUCCCUUAUGUGUUCUGAAUGUUUGCAAACCCUUUCAAACAGAAAGGGAACAAUAUCAUUCACAUGUUUGAAUGCAUUGUUUGUGGUUCCAGUCAUCCAGUGUCAUGUCUGCAUUGUCAGUUAAGUGGAAUGAUAAGAUUAAUUGCUUGACUUGAUAACUUGAUACUGCAACUGCUGCCACCCUACCAGUGUUUGCAUUUGGGGGGGGGGGGUGUAUAGCAUCUGGAUGGAAAGUUCAGACAAUGUUUUACACAGGCCAGGGCGGUGUUUUGGUGGUCACAACCAAAAACUGGUUCUGUUGUUUCUCUUUGGUUGUUUUGGGAUUUGAAUCCUACAUCAUCAUGCGUAAUUUUUAUAAUGGGAGACUUUCCAUUCUCCGUAAGUCACCGAGAGAGGGCGCUCAUUACCGGGUAAACUACAUGAAAAACAAUCGUCUGAAGUUACUUGUGUACAUUGCGUAUCGACAUCGGUUUUCGACUUGGCUUGCUGUAGAAAAUCACCCGCUUCUCAUACAGAAUUAUGCCAAAUACUCUGUGUGCUGUGCCGACGUGCUCGGGAAGAGGUGGACAUGAAUUUCCAAAGGAAAGAAAGAGGUGUAGUAAUGCUUGGCGAGUGGCCAUACGACGGGUGAAAGAUGACACAGGCCGGUCAUGGUGGCCGUCUCUAAGUGAUGUUGUCUGCUCGGAACACUUCAUAACAUCAGACUAUCAACGGUUUGGAAAGUCUGGUGUCAAACUGCAACGAAGAAAGUUGAAACCAGAUGCUGUUCCAAGCCAGUUCUCAUGGACAAAGCAACCAACUUCAGCAGUUGUCUCAAGGACGAACCGCUAUACAGAACGCUGUGCAAACAGAGAGGGUACCUGUGAUGGGAAUUCUGAUGAGCUGUCUCUGGAUGUUGAUGUUGACCUUGAUCUGGACAUUGCAAUGGUGGUAAAUGUGAACAGCGAAGAACAACAAAUACAUGACCAGGCCAUCCAAACAGACCUGCCAGAAACCCUGCCAGCAUCAGUAUCUGCACAUACACAGACAGACUCUGGGACUAAGGUACAGGGAUUUACAAUUCAUGAUUUCAAGAACGACCCCAAAGGAGUACACUACUACACAGGGCUUCAAGACUAUCUCAACUUCAUGGAUGUACUUGCUUCGCUAGGACCAUGUGCCUUUGAGUUAACAUAUGUUAAUGGAAAAAGGCCUUUCUUAUCUGUACCAGAUUAACUAUUUUUGACUAUAAUUAAAUGCAGGAGAUAUACAGCCAAUUUUAAAUUGAGUCGAAUGUUUAAGAUCAGUGAAUCGGAGGUAUACAGUAUUUUUGCAACCUGGAUUAGAUUCAUGCAUCUUCAGUGGAGAGAUAGAUAUCUGGCCAGAUGGUGACUUGGUCAGCUUUUAUGCUCCGUCUGAUUUCAAGGCCAAGUUUCCAAGCACUUGGACUAUCCUAGAUGGCUUUUCAACAUUUUCAACUUACAAAAACCGUAACACUGCUAAAGCACUGGUUGGUAUAACACCAGGAGGUUUGAUGUCCCACAUGUCCGGUGCAUAUGGUGGUUCGACCAGUGACAGACAGAUGAUCGAGAGGAGUGGAUUAAUUAAUAAAGUCAACAAAGGUGAUUCAAUAAUGGCUGAUAAAGGUUUUGAUGUACAGGACUUGUUUGCACCAGUGGAUGUGACAGUGAACAUUCCUACUUUCUUCAAGAACAAGAACAGAAUGACAGGUGAAUCUGUUGUAAGAGAUAGAAAAAUAUCUAGCAAAAGAGUUUAUGUUGAAAGGAUUAUUGGACUUGGGAAAACAUAUAAAAUAUUGACACAGCCACUGAAUCACACAGAGACAAUUCUGUCUUCAGACAUUGCAUUUAUUUGUUUUAUGCUUGUUAACUUCAGGAAAUGUAUCAUUUCAAGAUAGUCACAUACCAUGGACCUUAUUCACGAGGAAGCCAUUUUGGUCGUGUUCCCUGAAUGUAUUUUAUAAAUUGUGAACUGUUGAAUGUGAUGUUGCUAGACUAUUUAUUCACUAUAGCCUCACUUUCAAUUUUUUUUUUAAUUUGGCUUCAAAUGUUAGGGCAUGGUUGAUCACAAAUUCUAAAUUAUUCAUCAGAGCAGACUGGUAUUAAUUUGUUAUUAACUUUAUGUCAUUGCUUUCAUUUUUCUUCGCAAGUUCCAAAAAUGAAGAUUUAACCUCACUUUCAAUUUAAUAUGGCCGACUCGUGAAUGAAGCCCAUAACUCAUAGGGUUAGGACAAAACAAAUUUAAUACAUUUUUAUUAAGGAUUAAACUAAAUCUGAAAUAGCUUUUCACUACAAAUUUGAGAGGUUUAACUUUUUGAUUGCUGGCAAGAAGUGCAUGUAUGACAUUAUGCAGUAUUUAAAUAAGGCCAAACAAAUAUUUCUGCUUCCGAUUUCAUGGCAUUUGAAAUAGGCUAGGUAGGUAGGGAAUUUUUUUGUUUGCAGUUAGUUUGUUUUGAUCGCAUAGGUGUCUGCGUGUAGCCAGCCGAGGGUAAAAGGUAGUAAUUGAUGGUUUUGAAAUUUUUUUCUCUUUUUU